AUGACGGCGCAGACGCUCGCACCGCCGCCGCCGGAGCCGCACACGACAGGGCGGUGGGCGGGCACGCUGCUGGCCGCCGCCAUCUACGUGUCGCGGGUCUACUACGUGCAGGGCUUCUACAUCGUCUCCUACGGCCUCGACAUCUACCUCCUCAACCUCCUCAUCGGCUUCCUCUCCCCCAUGGUCGACCUGGAGCUCGAGGCGCUCGACCAGGCCGUCCCUGCGCUCCCCACCCGCGGCAACAACGAGUUCAAGCCCUUCAUCCGCCGCCUCCCCGAGUUCAAGUUCUCGUAUAUCCAUAUAUUCUACUGCCCCCUUCUUCUGAUCUGA